UUGUCCCGCCAAGGGCACCUUGCUCUGUACUGACGCACGGAGCCCGAGAAAGAAAAUCGGCGCACGCUCAGCGUAGUGUGCACAUGCACGAGCAAGUCAGCUCCGCUCACACCUCCCGUCUUUCCACUUGCACCACUUUGAGCCUGUUCGGACAACUCCGCAGAAUGGACGACCAGAGAAACAUGGCCAAACAACCGGUGGCCCACAUCCCCACGCAGCAAUCGGACGGAAAUGCGGAAUUGCCAACCAACAAGCCCGAAAUCGCAUCCCCUCAGCCGGCCGCUCCUCAGCACAACCACCCGGCGCACCAGCCGCCGGCUCUAUGCAACGAGAGCCAAACUUUUUGUCCCACGGAAAAUAUACCGGGAGCACCGGACGGCAAUAAAGCAUACGGGACGUUCAAAAACAACCCAGCGGUGGUCCAAGCGUCUAUGACGGCCAAUUCGGCCUUUGGCAAGGAGUCCCCCAUUUCGUCCUGCGGAGAUGGGUCGCAGUACGCUGAGCAGAACAACACCGGGUCCAAGUGGACCCCUUUGAGCCAGACCACCGUCAUACUGGGGGUUGAUGGCAACAUGUCUGUUCGAGCCGGCUCCCUGUCCCGGGCUGAAGGUGAUGACGACGAGGGAGGGGAUGAGAACAAGGCCAGGGGAAACUGGUCCAAUAAAGUGGAUUUUAUCCUCUCCAUGGUUGGCUAUGCUGUGGGACUGGGGAACGUGUGGAGGUUUCCUUAUCUUGCCUUCCAGAACGGUGGAGGUGCAUUUUUGAUCCCUUACCUGACAAUGUUGGGGAUCGCCGGCAUCCCCAUCUUUUUACUGGAAGUGUCCCUGGGCCAAUUUGCCAGCCAGGGCCCCGUGUCGGUGUGGAAGUGCAUCCCGGCACUGCAAGGUUGCGGGAUGGCCAUGUUGAUAAUAUCUGUCUUGAUUGCCAUAUACUAUAAUAUUAUUUUGUGCUGGACACUGUACUACCUGUUCGCUUCGUUGAAGGGCUCACUGCCAUGGGCUAACUGUAGGAAUGCGUGGAACACGGUGGAUUGUAAGGACAAAGACAUGCUGCUCUUAGACUCCUGCAUCUUGCGGGACAGGAACUUCACCUCGAUCAAGAACUCCUCUUUUUGUUUGUCUGCCCACACUGUUGGAAACCUGAGCAAACUAUUAAACAUGGCAGUGGAAGGCGGAAAGACGUAUGUCAGCCCCAGUGAGGAGUACUUCAAGUACAAUGUGCUGCACAUCUCCAAAGGCAUCGAAUACCCAGGGAGAGUUCGCUGGCCUCUGGCAGGCUGUCUGUUUCUGGCCUGGGUCAUUGUCUACGCCUCUUUGGCCAAGGGAAUCAAGACAUCAGGAAAGGUGGUGUAUUUCACAGCCACUUUUCCCUACGUGGUGCUGGUGAUCCUGUUGAUCAGAGGCGUGACCCUCCCCGGGGCUGCUGAUGGUGUUCUCUACUUCAUCACACCAAAGUGGGAGAAACUUAUGGACGGGAAGGUGUGGAAAGAUGCAGCCACUCAGAUCUUUUUCUCUCUGUCUGCUGCUUGGGGAGGCCUGAUAACACUCUCGUCCUACAAUAAGUUCCACAAUAACUGCUACAGGGACACCAUGAUAGUGGUGUGUACCAACAGUGCCACCAGUAUAUUUGCUGGCUUCGUCAUCUUUUCUGUGAUUGGUUUCAUGGCACAUGAGUUGGAUGUGCCAAUUGAUAAGGUGGCAGAUGAAGGUCCAGGCAUAGCAUUCGUGGUGUAUCCAGAGGCUCUGACCAGACUUCCUCUGUCUCCAUUCUGGGCUAUCAUCUUCUUUCUCAUGCUCCUGACUCUUGGCCUGGAUACCAUGUUUGCAACCAUUGAGACCAUUGUGACCUCUGUGUCGGACGAGUUCCCCAAAUACUUGAGGAAGCACAAACCUGUCGUCACACUGGUCUGCUGCCUCGCCUUUUUCCUCCUGGGAUUUCCCAUGAUCACAGAGAAUGGCAUGUACAUGCUACAGUUGGUGGACACUUAUGCAGCCUCCUACUCCUUGGUCAUCAUUGCCAUUUUUGAGCUAGUGGGGAUUUCUUAUCUGUAUGGGCUGCAAAGGUUUUGCGAGGAUAUCGAAAUGAUGAUUGGUUUUCAGCCCAAUAGCUUCUGGAGACUCUGCUGGGCCUUUGUAACACCAACCAUUCUGACGGGCAUCUUGAUUCUGAGUCUUACUCAGUGGAGUGUGAUGACAUAUGAGAACUACACCUACCCCACCUGGUCUAUGGUGAUGGCAUGGCUAAUGGUUUUCUGUUCUGUUAUCUGGAUCCCCAUCAUGUUUGCCAUCAAGAUGUACCUCGCUCCUGGCACCUUAAUUGAGCGUCUGAAGCUGGUUUGCUCCCCUCAGCCAGACUGGGGUCCCUUCCUGAUGAAGCACCGUGGAGAACGCUACAAGAACAUGAUCGACCCACUGGGAACCAGCUCCCUUGGCCUCAAAUUGCCCCCUACGGACUUCCAGCUCAGUGCCCUUUAGUAACAGUAGCCCCAGGAGAGCUCUAACCUUGGGUGGGGGUGCGAGGGAGAGGAACCCUUUUCUUCCCCACCUUCCCUCUGCCUCUUUCCCACAAUGUGCUUCACCGCCUUCUCCCUUUGCCUUCCUCCUCCUCGUCUUAAUUUGGGAAUAGUCACCUUCUCCCCCUCCUUCCUCUUCUACUUCCCUACUCACGCUUGUUUCAGGGAGGAGGGGCUGCCCCGGUGGAAUCCUCUCCACUACUGCUGCUUUGUGCUCAGUUGCUGGUCUCUCAUUGUCUCCCACUCAUGACUACUGAUUUCACCACCACCUUCGGUGGGACUGAUUCCUUGUGACCAAUUCUCAUAAAUGGACAGAGCUGCAAUCUGCAAUAACUCCUCCCGAUCAAGUCAUAUGUGUAUGUGGGGGGGUGUGUGGGAAAAAGCACAAGCAGACACAAGAAAAUAGUCUUCAGUGACAGUGAGAAUGGCUCAAAAAGCUUGGCAAGUUUGGGGCAUCCAUAUUGCCAGUGCAAAAGACUGCCCCUUAAUAUUUACAAAAACAGUAUGUGGUUCUAAUUUUACUUUUCAUCCCAGCAUUGUGUAUUCAUAGUAGCCAAGUGGAGAAUAGAAAAUCAGGAAUUUGUGCCUCCUUGGUCCGUGUAGAGCAGUCAAUGCAUUGUGAUCUCCUUUCAUUAGAUAGACUUUGGCCUUGGAUGAGACUGCAGUUUUAUAUGCUUGGGUCGAUAUUUCUCUCUGAACCCCAGGGACUCUUUGUGAGAGCCUCUCUUUCCUCAAUUAAAUCAUCUUGUAUGUAUUAUCUCUGUAAAAUGUAAAUCAUCCCAAUCCAACAUUUAGUUGAAAAUAUAGUAGACAGUAUAUAUUGCAGUAGGCUAUUGUAUGUGUUGUGACUUUAAUAGCAAUUUGUGAAAACACAAUGUGCAUUGCAGUAAUAGCCUCACCCACAGAAUAAGAUGAUAUAUAUAUAUAUAUAUGUGGAUAUAGAUGAAUAUAUCUUUUGAGCAGAGGAGAGCGCUGGCACGACAGAUUGAAUGUGUGCGUGUUGUCUUUGUAUAUGUACAAAGUGUUGGUUUUGUGUGUAUUGUCACGUCUCACAACACUCACAGCAGCUGUUAAAUGUGAUAGGCCAGAAAAAGGAUUCUCAUUUCCUGGAGUUGUUUUGUCUGUUUGCAAUAUACAGGUAGCUGGAGACCUCUUUGCAGUUUCGAAUGCUUCUCGCUUCUCUGUAUGUCCUCUUGAAAAUAGGGUCUCAGGUAUUCACGCCAUCAAACGACUGCUUGUUGGAAGGGGAUUUGGUGGGAUUCGCAUACGCUAUAAGAUAUUCUAUAAAAUCCAGUCUGGUUACCGCUUCCUUUUUUCUGAACAAAUUAUAAGCUAUAAAGAGUAUGUAAAUGUAUCAUAAAUGUAGCUGAUAGGCACACGUUGCUGUCUCUGUAAAUAUAAACUGGGAAAAAUGAACUUGAACAAAUUAUAUUGAGAUUGUGAAACCCAAACAAUGCACAUUGUGAAUGUAUGGUCACACAUGAGUCUGAUGGUGAAUAGCAUUGUGAAUGUAUGGUCACACAUGAGUCUGAUUGGUGAAUACAGAGUUGCUUUUAUUGAGCGCAUGUUCUCUGCAGACAACGCCUGAUAUGUAUUAUAAUGGGUAAAAGGGCCACAUUAAUGUGUACAUCUGCUUUUGUUUUGAGGGGAAAAAGGCACUAAAUCCACAUAGCUUCAUGAAAUAUGACAUUAAUAGGCUUGCAUGUGCAGUUGUGUUGCUCACCUCAAUGUCCAUGUGUAGUAACUUCUCACUAAUAUAUGUCAAUGCAUGAUAAAUGAGCUUUCUCUUUACAUGAAACUGAAAUGAUCAGAGGUUGAAGAAACAAUAUUUACUUGAUAAUUUGAACUAAUCAAUGAAUUACAUAAAUAACUUUGCCUGCAAGUCAACCUUUGGCAGUAACCAAAGAAAAAUAUAAAUGUAAAGAAAGAAAAGAUCAUUUGUGUGUAGGAGGUUUAGCUACUGCCAUACAUGUUCCAUGCAGUAUAUCUUGGUGUUUGCCAAUAUGUUACAAAACAUCUUCAGGUAACCAUUGGCCUUAUAGAUGUCUCAUAAUAGUACAAAUAGUAUGUAUUUCAGAUAAUAUCACCACAGAAAAGCUUGUCUGUCUCAUGGUAAAAGUAGUCCUAUCGUCAGUUGUGUCAGUUUGGCACUUUACUGUGACCUAUGACUGCGUAGGUUAAAAUUCUAAUUACUUGAGUAAUGUCAUACAUUUCUGUUGUGUUCGCUGUGAGGCACAGCUGCCGAUGGAUAUAGAUCAGAGUAUAUAUAUAUAUAUAAAAUAGAAUUGGUGUAAGAUAAAAAGAAUAUAAUAUAAAAUAUGUGUGUGAAAUGCAUUUAUUUUCACUUGUCAUCAAUCUUUGAGGCCCUACCUCAAUUUUGUAUUUAUGUAUAAAAAUGCAGUUGGAUAAUAACUUUACCAAUAAUAUAUCGCUAUUAUACCAUGUAAUGUAUACCCUAUGAUGAAUAAACGUUGUUUCCUUUCAUUUCUAU